AUGGCCCGUACCAAGCAAACCGCCCGCAAGUCCACUGGUGGCAAGGCCCCCCGCAAGCAGCUCGCUGCCAAGGCCGCCCGCAAGUCGGCCCCCUCGGCCGCCACCGGCGGUGUCAAGAAGCCCCACCGUUACCGCCCCGGUACCGUCGCGCUUCGUGAGAUUCGUCGCUACCAGAAGUCGACCGAGCUCCUCAUCCGCAAGCUCCCCUUCCAGCGUCUCGUCCGUGAGAUUGCCCAGGACUUCAAGACCGACCUCCGCUUCCAGUCGUCGGCCAUCGGUGCGCUCCAGGAGGCUGCCGAGGCGUACCUCGUCUCGCUCUUCGAGGACACCAACCUUGCCGCCAUCCACGCCAAGCGCGUCACCAUCCAGCCCAAGGACCUCCAGCUCGCCCGCCGCCUCCGCGGCGAGCGCUCGUAA